CUGCGCUCCAUCCUUCCUCAGAGCGACCCAUCAACUCCGCCAAACUGUUGAGCACGACUCACUGUCAGACUGUAGCCUAGUUGCACUGCUGUGAAAUAGGAUUAUCUAUUUUAUUCAGUUCAUUGUGUUUUUGGAUCAGCAUUUUCUAACAUUGUCCAGUGGAAUAGACAAAUAUCGUCAGUGUGCAUGAAGAGGUGAUGAACGGAUAGGAUAGCCUUGGAUUACUUUCUGGAGUGAACUUUGCGUAUUGCGUGUUCAUGCGGGGACAAUCCAUCUCUAUUGUCGACGAUGGCAAAGGCAUUCUCCGUCAUUACUUUAUAUUUCGUGGCCAUUCUUCUGGGAGCCAGCAGGGUGAUUGCAUUAGAACUCCGGUUCAUGCCUGACCCGCCAACACUGAGCAUCCAGGAGAAAGUCCUCAGGAUCAACACCUCAGACACACUGGCGAUCACCUGCAGUGGCCGUCAGAACCUGGUAUGGACCACAUCCUAUAAUCGCAGCCGUGCUGGCAGUCGUCUCUCCAUAGUAGACUGCAGUGGGUCAGGAUUCUUCUGCAUCAAAUUACACAUUUCCUCGGCCACCGUCAAUGAGACUGGGAAGUAUCAGUGCUCCUACAGAGACCUGGCGGUGGAGGAUAGAAAAACCUCUGUGGCCGUUUAUGUCUAUGUCCAAGACUAUAAAGUACCAUUUGUGCCCUCUGACAAGGACAUUGACGUUGUGUUCAUCCGUGAGGGAGUGCAGGUGGUCAUCCCAUGCCGAGGGUCCGUGGAAAAUCUCAAUGUCACGCUACGUACCGUAAGGACAGAUCCACUGACUUUAUUGCAGACAACACCAUUCUGUAUACUUCUGGUCCUUCAGCUCUCGCUGCUGGUGAUUCUUUGAUCCACCUCUACG